CAUCUCUGAACCAUAGGCAUAGUAGCAGAAGCAAAUGAGAAGUCCAGUUGUGGGCAACUGUAUCUGAUGAGCAGACUCUUUCUUAAAAGGAGAAGAUAGAAUGGGUGGAAUAGCUUCAAAAUCUAAAACCACUGUCGAGAAACACAGCACGCACUCCACAGUGGCUCCUGUAUCCCACCUCCCUGUGACCACUGCUCGGUGCUCCGAGGCCUGUCCAAUCCAAAGCAACCUAGAACAUUUGAUCUUAGCAUUUUUUGCUGGGGUUCUGCUGACGCUGCUACUCCUGGCUCUUGGCUUCCUCUUCUUGAAGAGCUACCGAAAAUGUCAUUCUCACUCCCAAGCCCUGGAACCUCAGCUAGAUCCCUACUCAGAAAUUCCAGCCAAGCCUUCAUCAUCCCAGGAGACACUCACCUAUGCCAAUAUGACUUUCAAAGUUUCAGAAAAAAAGAGCCCUCACUUGACUGCAAACCCUUCCUCAGAUUCCGUGGUCUAUUCUCAAGUUAAAGAGAAAAACUCACCGUUGCCUUUCCAGUGAGGCUGGAACCCAUUUCCUCUCCUCUGAAUUU